GAGGCGGCAAGGCGUCCCGGCGCAUUUCAGUGCUUCAGUAUCCCAUCGCCGAUUCAGCAACGACGUCGCGCCGCUGGAUUAUUCGCAUUCGCACGCGCAUUUUUUGCCGAAUCAAAGUGAAACUCGCAACUAAUUUAAUUAUUCUCGGCACGUCGCCGGAUUAACAGCGAAAAGUUGAAAUCUUCGCUGCGCGCCUCAGCGACUCGAUAGUGGCAACGUUUUCUCCUGGGAUUUCGCAGGAAGCUCGCUGAAUCUCCGAUAAUCGACAGGUGUGAAUCGUAAGCUGAAUCAGUCAAGAUGCCAGUCGGUGGACGUGUCGCCGGCAAAGUCACCGGAAUUAUUUCGAAUAACUACAAUGGCCGUUCGUACCAGGGAAUCAACGAAGAGAUCAUCUGGGUGAGCAUCGGUAUGGGUGUAACGAUCGCCGUGUUGAUCACGCUUGCUCUGUGCUAUAUUAUGCGUGAAAAAUGCAUACAGCGCCGCGAGUAUUACAUCACUGCAUGAGUAGCUCCUGUAUGAAUAAACGUUCGGCGCGAGGAGGACGCGCCACACAUGGAGGAGGUGCAGCUGGGGGUGGACAUAGACGUGAGGGCGGAGCCGAUUUUACCACAGGUUAUAUCCAACGGGGCGGUACACAUUGCCGAGGCGUGACUUAUGUCAGGGCGGAGCGUAAAAAUAAAAUCGAGACUGUAUACUCUCUUCCCACACUCGAUGAACUACGCAACACUUAGAAGAAAAGACUGUCUAAACAAUUCAUGUGAAUUUUAACAAACUGGUAGAGUAGAGAAAGAAUUAUUUUGAAAUUUUUGACCUAGCGGAUAUGCUUUACAACUAUGAGUGUAAUGUUAUCCCUUGAAUAUAAAUGGCACUCUAUAUUUUAGUAUAAAUAAUUCUGAAGGCUAGCGCGCAUGCGCACGGGACAGUUACUGUGUAGACCAGCACCAAGCGCACGUAAUUGGAUGUUAGAGUAAGUUGAACAUAAAUUCAGCGACGACCAAGGCGUAAGUAUCGCCAGGGAAAAUGAAGAAGAAGUCAUUUGCACUAUGUCAUUGCGCCUCUUGGCCAUUUGGUAAAUGUUGUGUUCUUAGAUGGCCUGUUUGCACUUGAAUAUUUGUAUUGCACAAGCCUACAUUUAAGUGAAUUAAUCUACGUAAUUACGACUUACUGACGCUACAAUAGGAGCGCUCAUUCGGUGUAAGUAUUCAGAAAAACACUCAAAUUGAUGGAAUUUAUUGGGGAAGAAGCGCUGUUAAUUUGUCUUCGCUCACCUGCGUUGAAAAUAAACAAAAAACUCUUUUUAGCUUGUGUUUAGAGAUUUAUAGAGUGGAAAACAUGAUUUUCCAAGCAGGUGGGCAAAUGGUACCGACCUACGGUCAAAUUAAUUAUAAAGGACCAAAUCUUUUGACUUUUUACGAAAAAAUGGGUUAAGAAGAUCCGUCUUGAAUUAAUGCUGUGACUAGUUAAGUUACAAUAAAUUUGAAUAAGUUAAAUGUUAAAAUAUGCUUUGCCAAAACAAAGAAUCCAUGAAUAUUCGAGAUAUUUACGCCAACUGUUAACUCUACAACCAAAGUUAUUUAUACCUUGAUAAAGUAUAUGAAUGUUUGGAUCAUUUCCAAUUUGAUUGUAAAUUGUUUGUAUGAAAAUGUAAAGUUUAAAUUAAAUUAUAUUCAACGUC